ACGCGACGAGAACAAACGGACCGGCAAUUGCUCCAACACGCGCCACGCGAACGUUAUGACUUUGGUGUGCCACAAUAAAUUGUGAUGGUGUAGAACGUGAACACGAAACGGAAUUAAAGCGUAACAUAAACAAUAAUAACUACAAACACGCCGCAUUACAGGCGAAUUAAAAAUUUCAAAAGGGAAAGUAGGAAGCGGAAAGUGCUAAGCGCAAAAUAAACACACGCUUCGACGGAUAUCCUGAUUAAGUUUUCGGCUGUAACGGUACGGCUGUGUAAAAGUGUGUUUGCAGUUAGUUAGCAGAAGCAAAGAACAAAGUAAAAAAUCAUUAAAAAACAAUAAUAACUGGCAGGUGGCAGUGAGGUGGAAGUUGCUAAACGGUCAAAUAAAUAACAACAAUUCGUUGGCUGUGCGCUUACAACGGACUUUGUUUGUUUGUUUGCUACCACUUGAGUGUGUUGGUGCACGGGCGCGCGUAAAAUGAAAGAUACAAAUGAAAACAUAAAACUUCAAUACUAAGUUCAGCAUACCAGCAGGGUGCAUAGUUCUUGGAAACCGUGCGACGGCAAAUACUACUGAAGAAGGUCCAAUCAAUUGCUCAAUGUGCUUCCGACACCGGCUUCAUUCUUUGCUAGCAUAACCAAAGGCUACAAAACGCACACACACAUAUACUUGCAAACAAAAGGAUACUAUAUAACGGUAAACGGUAACGGUCCAGCCAGCAACUACUCUCAUACUAGCAUAUUUGUUAAUAAAAUGGCUGUAAAAGGCAAGCUAUCAAGCGCUCACGGCAGUUGGACGUCCUCCAGAGUCGGCACCACGUCCUACAUAUCGCGCAUGGCUUGUUUCGCCUUUUGCCUGCUCUGCGCUCUGCCGCUGCCGUUCUUCACAACAGCUAAUCGUUUAUCGGACACCAAACUCCAUGAAGUAUAUCUAGACAACUCCGAAAUAAAGCUAAGCUGGAUGGUGGAUUGGUAUAAACAGGAGGUGCUCUUUCAUCUACAAAAUGCCUUUAACGAAAAUCACCGCUGGUUUUAUUUGGGCUUUUCGAAGCGUGGCGAUGUGGGCGAUGCUGACAUCUGUUUCUUUGAGAAUCAAAAUGGAUUUUUCAACAUUGUCACCGACACUUAUACCAGUCCAGAUGGUAAAUUUGUGCAAAAAGACUAUCAACAAGAUUGCGAACUUUUCAAAAUGGAUGAAUACACGUUGGCAUUUAAGCGAAAAUUCGACACCUGCGAUCCGCUGGACUUGAGGAUGCAUGAGGGUACAAUGUACAUUAUGUGGGCCAGAGGUGAAAGUCGCUUGGCACUGGAAGAUUAUCAGUUUCCCUUUCCUAAUAUUUCCUCACAUGAAUCUGGCAUAAAAAUGAUGCAAUUACUUCGCGCAGAUAAAAUUCUCAUACCAGAAACCAAUUUGAAAACAAUUCAAGUCACACUCGAAAAUGUGACCGUACCAACAAAGGAGACAACCUACUGGUGUCACAUACAAAAACUGGACGAAUCGUUUGCGACGAAACAGCACAUAGUGCAAUUCGAGCCUCUCAUUACCUCUCCAGAUUUGGUGCAUCAUCUGGAAGUUUUUCACUGCGAAACAGAUCCACAAGUAGAAAUUCCGUUAUACAAUGGAGACUGUGAGAAAAUGCCGGCAGAAGCUAAAGUGUGCUCCAAAGUCAUAUCACUGUGGGCUAUGGGCGCUAGCACGUUCACGUAUCCACCAGAAACUGGCUUACCAGUAGGAGGCAAGGACUAUAAUCCGUUCGUACGCCUAGAAGUGCAUUUUAACAAUCCCGAAUUGAAAGCAGGUCGCAUUGAUAGCUCUGGCAUGAGAAUAAAGUUGGCUUCGAAGCUAAGACAGUUCGAUGCGGGCGUAAUGGAAUUAGGCUUGGAAUACACCGAUAAGAUGGCUAUACCACCCGGUCAAGUGGGCUUCCCACUAAGUGGUUAUUGCAUCGCCGAAUGCACUGAAGUGGCCCUUCCGUCCAGUGGUAUUAUCAUAUUUGGUUCUCAACUGCAUACACAUCUUCGUGGCGUUCGUAUUCUGACACGUCAUUUUCGCGAUAACGAGGAACUACGCGAAGUCAAUCGAGAUGACUAUUACUCGCAUCAUUUUCAAGAAAUGCGCAACCUGCAUUAUAAACCUCAUGUGCUACCGGGUGACGCUUUGGUCACGACUUGCUAUUAUAAUACUCUGGGCUAUGAGAAUGCAACACUGGGCGGUUUUUCAAUCAGCGACGAGAUGUGUGUGAACUAUAUUCAUUAUUAUCCGGCUACCAAAUUGGAGGUUUGCAAGAGUUCUGUCUCCGAAGACACGCUGGAAAAUUAUUUCAUUUAUAUGAAAAAGAAAGAACAUCAACGCGGCAUAAGACUAAGUGGAGCACGUUCGAAGAAUUAUCGCAGCAUCAAAUGGACGGAACCACGUGUGGAUCAACUUUACACGAUGUACAUCCAGGAACCACUCAGCAUGCAGUGCAACAAAUCGGAUGGUUAUCGCUACGAGGGCUACAAUUGGGAGGGAGCACCAGUGACGCCAGUGGCAAUCAAAAUACCCAUGCACAGCAAACUAUGUCCCAACUACAACCCGUUAUGGUUGAAACCGCUGGAAAAGGGUGCGUGCGACUUACUGGGCGAAUGUAUCUAUUAAAACUUCAACAUGUUGCAGGCGUAACGGCGUUCUUCAUAGUUCAUACCUAUAACAUUUGAAAGUUAAAUAUUUUAUGAACGCAAAUUUGAGAAAAAUGUAAACUUUUAAAUACAAUGAGCAGUACAGCUGCCGCGCAAAAGCUUUAUGGAGUAAACCAGACAUUUUAGACUAGUUUGUAUUACAACAAAAAAAAACAACUAUGAAGAUCUUAUGCAUGUAUGUAGAUAGCGAAAAGAAUGGAAUAUUUGAGGCGUUAAAAAUACAUAUGUAUGUACUCUGAGAAAAAAGAAUUUUUUUUUGUAAAAAAAUGUCCAAACAACUGAAAAGAGUUACGAUCUCCAGAUCGUUUUGAAGCAGAAGGAAUAGAAAGUGUCUGAAAUAAAAUAUUUUAUAGUUGUUACGAAAGAUUUGAGUUUUACUAAUGAUUGCGUUUAUUGACAGCAGAAUUAACCCUUCAGGAAUUAAGCCAGAUUUGCUGAAUUUAUGCUGAAUACAAACAAAAAAGUAAUUGAUUCUUAAGCACGCUUCCAUAGAACGUUCCAAACACUAGAUUCCAGCCAGGUGAUCGAGGUGACCAUAAAAAUAUUUUGGCAUUGUUACAUGGUUGCAAACAACCGAUGCACAAGAGAUUUAGAAAACGUAAAUGCAUACAUACAAACAUAUAUUUAUGUACUUAAAACUGCAAUUCAUAUUUACCGUUAAUGUCAUGCGGCAAGUAGAAGUGCACUCAGUAUUAUUAUGAAACCCAAACAGCAUUGCAUGUAAGAUUUAAAUCAUACCAUGCACAAAACUAACUGUAUAUGUAGCUAUGUAAAAUCACCAAUGACAAAUAUACAUAUAUAUUUUAUGUAUUGUACAUACCAGAUAUAUACACAUACAUAUACAUGCACUAGGAACAUAAAUAUUUUAGACGUAUAUAAGAUGUGAUAAUAAUAUUGUAUACCUAAAUGCAUAUAUAUAUAUAUAAAUAAUAUACACUUACAUACAUACAACCAUUAAAGUGAAGCGAAAUGUAAGUAAAUGAAUUACAAUUUAGUAUUAAAUGGAUCACCAUACCA